ACCAAUGAGAUUGGGAAUUAUUUUGUUUUAACUGAAAUUUUUUGGGCUUCAGACUCUGACAUCCUGUUGGCACUAUGCUCUGCCUAGAUUAAAACUAGAAAGUGUUACCAUGUACAUACUUCGGCUUCUUGCCAUAUUGUUUUCAUUGAUUUGGUUUAUGAUCUCUACCACAAUCCUCUUGCAAUCUGGAAUUAUGGGUCACGCCAGUCAUUUACCAUGUGAGUGCUGUACCCUGCACACUUUUAUCAUAACAUUACCUCACACAGUCAAUACACCCAAACCAUUCAGGGUGUUGAGCAACUAAAACGUGAAGAAACUGCAGUGCACAGUCUGAGGUCAAUAUUCUGAAAGCAUAGGACAAUAAAUAUUUACAUUCAUGAAAACUCUGUGUCUGUUUGUACCGUGAUAUUAUUCACAUGCUGUGAUAAAUCUCUUAUCUCGGAGACACUGCUACAUAUACAGUAAAAAUACCCAAAGUCUGACAGAAAUUACCUCAAGUCUAUUGGAGUAAAAUCAACAAAUCGUCAAGAUCUUCUUUUGCAAAGCCAAAGUAAUGACACUAUCUAUGGAAAAUGUAUCGCGCAUUGCAAGGAAAUAUAAAACACACCAUCUGACAAAUGGGCCUGUCUGGGCAAUAAGAUACAGAUGAUAGAGGAAUAUGGUGGCCAUAUGCUUCCAUUAUCUUAUUUUUUCCACAUACUUACCUGUUACUGAUGUACCCAACAAUCAGAUAUAAAUGAAAGGGUGGUAAACAAUGUCAAGAAGAAAAACAUUGACUUCAAGGAAGAAAGUAGCAACCUGUCACUGAGCAACACAACAUAAACCAGAACAUGUGAGUAUGUACCAGACACUAUACAAUCAAAAACAAAAGAGUAUAAGAAAGUAUAAAUUAGCUGAAGUGCUUCAGUUUGGGGAAUGUAACCGGAUCUUGAAUGGAUUUCUUUUCCAUGUAUUGUAAAACAAGGCCAUGUGGAAGAGUUUAACAUGAAGACCACUGUUCAGUUUUUCUUCUCUUUACACAUUACCUCUAAAAUAGUUUCAGAUCAUAGACUCCCAUGUUUUAAAUGUUCAGGCUUAGUCAUAUUUAUAGAGCUCUUGGUGCAUUAUUACCUCUCUAACAAAUUACAGUCCCAGAUUACAGGCCUGCUUGUGUCACUCUACAUUGGUAAAUUUAGUAUGAAAGGUAGACCAGUCUUGAAUUUAUUGCUCCAUCAUGUCCUCAUAAAUGGGACUAAAGCAAAACAAACAGUCGCUUAAGGGAAUAUGGGCACAGAUUAUCAUCUCUGAAUGAUCCAAGAAACAAAACUCAUUUCAAAAUGACUGACUGACUCUGAGAUAUAGACCAGUAUACACUUGUUAUACUCUCGGGUGGAAGGAAAAAAUCUCAAACAAGAUGUGAAUUCUCAAAAAAUGAGGAGAACAUUAGUUAGGCCACAUCAAAAUAAGACAAAAAAUAUCAAAUUAAAAAUAUCCCCUACAGAGGAAGAAAAAAUGAAAUAUUAGUCCAACAUGAGUCCGACAAAACUGGCCCUCCUCACAGCCUCACAUCUCAUGUGUCACACAUCACCCAGACUGCUGAUUUCACUCAGCUCAUACGCUCUACUACCUCACAGAACUGAGGUGUGUCUACUCUCACCUGCAGACAGUCUAAGUGAGAGAAGCUGCAGCAAUCACAAAAGGAAAACAGAUUUAAAACCAGAAUUCUCCAAACAGAGCCGACCCAAGCCUCAAUGGGGCCCUAAGCAUAAUUUGAUUUUGGGGCCCUCUAUUUCUGCUAAUAAUAUUGACUGUUGAUCAUUCACACACCUUCACAAAUCUCUUUGAUUAACAUCCCGUGACAUGCGAACAUACCUUUAUCUUGGCGUUUUCUCUCUUCUUCCUCUUUCUUUUCUCUGCUCCUGAAGGAUAUGUCAUUUUUUUGCAACAUUGUUUUACCCCACAACUACCUGCGCUUUGGGUGCUCAGUGCACGUUGCACGUUGCACAGCAGGAGGCACAUAACGGUAGAGGAGCUUUGAAAUAUCGGCAGUAAAAAUCAUAGGCCUACAUCAGCAGCAGCACUAAAAUAUUUUUACUUUAUUUCAUUUUUACAAAAAUAUAUAUUUGAUCAUACAGAAAGCAUCACUCAUACAUGCAAAAAUUAAAAAGAAUAUAUAUAUAUAUAUAUAUUCUUUUUAUUUUUUUAUUUCCAUGUGAGAGAAAUAAAAAAAAUGUAUAUAUGUAUAUAUAUUGUUUUUUUUAUUUUUAUUUUUUUAUUUCUCUUGGGGCUCCCUAUUAGCCGCGGGGCCCUGAGCAGGCACUUAGCUCGCUUAUGCCUUGGGCUGGCUCUGUCCCUAAAGGACAUUAAAAAUACACACACCCCAUAUUACAGUAUUGUAAGAUAGUAUAUGCUUCAAACCAAUAUUGCUUGGGUGCUAGAGGAAUGUGCACCUUCCUUUAGCUUUAACAAUAAUUGGUGAUUGGUGAUAAUUGGUGUCUGUGGCCUCAUAACAACACUGAAGAAGGGGAUCAGUAAUCAAAUGAAUUAAAAGUGAAUCAAAACUGAGAUUAGGCAACUUAAAAACAAAUGAAAUAUCACUUUUCUGAUCUGGAAGUCAUGAUCCUUACAACAGUGCUGGCUGUGUUAGUAAGUGAAUGAUACUUCAGAAAACUCUUGUUAAUGUCGUGGUUGAUUACAUUGAAAGCUGCUCAUUUGAACUGUAGGCUCUUGUAAUCGAAGGGCGGUAGGAAGGGGAGGACAGGGAAAGAGGGUAGGAGACAGAGGGGCGGGAGACAUGAAAUAAGAGAGAAGAAAGCGAGAGGCAGACUCAGAGAGGGAGAGAGAGAAAGAGAGCUUUGGAUUGAUACAGAUGUUUUCUUUAGCAGCCUGAGCUUGUUAGCUGAAGCCUGGCUCUCAGUGGGGAGGCUUGAAUAAGAAGCAGGGGGUCACUUGAACGCAGCACAUCUCCCACAGCGGCGUCUCACCGGUGAAGACAUGUUUCACGAGACUGAUAUCGCCUCUUGACUUGGACUUGGACUAGUGUACCCGAGUGUCACCGUGAAGUCGACUGGAAAUGAACUCUGACGGUUCGUGUCGGUCUCGGAGCAUUCAUGAUACGAAUCGGCGCUUCUCCUCCUUUCCCAUCCACGUGAGAAGUUUAAGCGGAGAGGGCUGAAAGGAGGUUACCUGUGUGUUUCCGAUUGACCGAUUAAUCAUUGGCGCUCGAGCUGCUGGACAACUGUUCACGAGACACUGGGGGUAAGUGGUGCGUUUAAUUUCCAUCAAGCAAGCAAGCACACUGUUGCUUUUAAGUGGAUUUGUGCACAAGUAGCUAGAUAUAGACCAGUAAACAAUGAACUCCUUGGCGCUCGAGCUACUGGACAACAGUUCACGAGACACUGGGGUAAGUGGUGCGUUUAAUUUCAUCAAGCGCACUGAUGCUUUUAAGUGGAUUUACGCACAAGGUGUGUCUUUCAAUAUGAUUACCCGUAUGUCAAAAAAAGCUUAUUUGAUUUCGUUGUCUCAAAUGUAAGCCUAUUUAAAAAACUGUUUAUUUUUAGGGAACUUCUCAAGCUUGUACAAACUGUUUGACCACGUUUCAUGAAAAUCAAAUACCAUCUUAUUUUUCAUUGAGCUCAUAAAAUUGACUUUUUAAGUACAAUCUCCCCUCUGUUAUGUGCAGGUAACUUUUCCCGCAUGACUCUGGUACCCCAGGCUGAGGAGCCUGAAAGCAGCAUCCUGAGUUCAGACCUGAAAGAGGUUAUGUCCUGCACUCAAAAUUACCACAAAUAUCCAAUUUAUAGAGACUCUGAUUGCUCAAUAUGCCACAAGAUUGCCAAAAUGACUUCUUUUUCCCCCAGUCGCAUUACAGAAGUAAGCAACUCUGUAGGCUCCAUUUGAUAUGUGCCUGUCACCUUGGAAACAGUCUUGUUUCCCUGCAAUCAGUGAUAUACAAAAUGAAAUAAAAUCAAAGCUACAUUUGUUAACCAUCAAUAAUGGCGAGGAAUGAUAUAAAUCAUCAUCAAACCAAAGAGGGGCUACAGGGCACCUCCUUAUCUACCCCAAACUUCAAUUUAAGCUCGUUUCAUGUGUGUUGGUGUGUGUAGCCACAUCCUUUAAGUGUUCAGUUUAAAAAGUGAAACAUUUAAAUUAGUUUUACUCAUUUAAUGCUUUUCCCCCGUUUCUACUUAUGUUCAUUACUCUACAAUGAAAGUGACACUUUCUGGCUAAUGUGUUGAGUGGGUGUUUGACCUUUGGGCUGAUAAGCCUGUGAAGUAUUUCAUGUUCUUACACACAAGGUUUCUAUUUUUCCGUUCAAACCAUAAAAAACGAUUGUCAGCUCACCAGACCGUUUCAUGUUCACCAAAGGGAAAUGAUGGUAUCUUUUGGUCCUGGAGAAUAAAAGUGGAAAUUGUAGAAACAACACAAAAUUUUUAGGAUAUCGUGCAACAGUGUCAAGCACUGUUGAAGUUGCAUUUCGUCUUGAUAAGGAAGUCAUGGCAAGGAAAAAUGAUUAAUUCUCACCUGUGUCGGCGACCAUCUCUAUAUGUAGUAUUCUGGUGUGGGUUAGGUAUUACUACCAAGGUUAAUACAAGCAGCCUUCGGAGAUCACUUCUCAGACAAAAAAGGAAAACUUGUUAUGUUAUAUGUAGGCUAACUGACUAAUGAGAUUGUGUUUAUUCAAUAGCAGUAAGCAGGAGCUUACAUGGGAUUAAAAAGAAUCUUAAAUGGGAUUUAAAAAAAAUCGACUAAACCUUUGGAGGGUGGAAACGUAUUGAACAAGAGGAACUGCGUCUAUAGUUUAAGAGCCUCACCUGCUAUAGUGUGUGCUGCGCAUCGUUCUUGCUGGCCUGUUGUUCCCUCAACAGGACAUUAAUUUACAGAGAGCCCGUCAUCAUCCUUAGAUACAGUAACUAUGUAGCUAUUUUUUAUCACCUAUUUCUCAGUCUCAGUUCCUUUAAAGACAUUUCCAUAACAUUAAAUGAUCGUCUGUCAACAGGAUGAAACAUAUUCAGAUAGCUAUCUUUGACAUCUGAGAUUAUUGUAUGUUAUGUCAGCACCUCAUGGCUGAAACUCACAGACUAGAUUUUUUUUUCUCUUGCAGAUACUUAUUUUUAUUUAUUUUCCACUUAAUUUGAAUAUUUUAUCUUCUAUAAUGAAUGUGUGAUACCCGAACAGGCCACCCCAUUAACCCAAUAGGCAGGAGGCUAUAAUAGCUACUUGUAUUUGCUGUAGUGACAGUGCUUAUUACCAGACAUUACAUAACAGUGACAGAUUAAGUAGUAUUUGACACAGAAUAGUGACUACAAUGUUGUGUGUGAGAGUAAGAGAAAGAAGUCCUAAUGACUGCUUUUUGUCAUUCUCUUCCCUGUUUUAAUGGAUGACUUGGCCGCUUAAAGCUGCUCUCGGUCUAAUUCCAUGAAAGUAGGUCAGACCUGUUGCGAUUAGCGAUUACCUUUUUUGGUCUGCUCUGCACUUUAAGAUAGAAAAUAAAAAUAUCUAGGGAGAAAUUGCAAACUUUAUACAUGCGGCUUCAGCAGAAGUAUCACUGACAGAAAUGGUGUUGGUGUUGGUGCUUCUAUGCUGCAUAGCAAUCACAAACCCAGUCCCCUGCAGCAAUUACAUUCACUGUUUCACAUGACUACUGGAAAUGAGCUGAGAGGGGGGGAGGGGGAAAUACAUGAAAUAAGCAAGUCCAAUGUGAGGGAGUGGAAAGAAAGGAUCCAUAGAAAGGGAGUGAAAGAGGUCAAAAAAGAUACGUCAAUGAAGAUGAAAAUUAGCUUCUCAUUUAUUCUUUUCUUUCGAUUUCUAUUCAUGAAUACUCAGCCUGCAAAAUGAGGGUGAGUUAUUAUCAUUGAUUGCCUUAUGUCAAGUAUUUUACCCGGUAAAGAGAAAGUACAGUGCUUUUCAGAUUGACCUAUCAGUGGGUGGUUGACAAAUUUAACAUUCAAUUCAACAUGAGAAAAGCUUUUACAAAACUGGCAUUAUUACUGUGUACUUGUUGAAAUUAUCAGGCCCUUAUUUGUAUUUGAUAAGCAGACUACCUAUAAGUGUGGCUAAUGAAGAUGCCCUUAUGGAUCAGCUACUAAUAAGAGCUUUGGGACAAUUUAUCCCAGACGGAUCAGGAUGUACCCGUACGACAUGGAUGUAAUCUAAGUGAUGUCACCCAUCUGCCGAAGUUUAUUAAAGCCCAAUUAUGGCUGUUGCCAUAUUGGAAAUACUGGUAAAACCUUUUCUCUAUUUACAAGAGAGAAGAUUUCGCUGAGGCAGGAGUUUAGCCACCUGGCAAACAGCUACAAAGUUCCCAUCUGUUAGUCACAUCACAUGUGCUCUAAUUAUGCAAAUCUGGGCAUAACUUGUACAAUAAAACAGAUGAGUUAAACUCACCCCCCCUUACAACAGGCGCAAGCAAAGCAGUGAGCUACUAAGAAUAUGAUCAUUCUUUGUAACCAGGUUGUAAAGAUGCUUGAUUUUGCCAUAAAGUUGGCAUUUUAACACAGGUGUUCCUCUAGCAUGCCUCAAUUGGACACUAUUGGCUUCAUUUCUAGACAUCUGCUGAAUGUACUGCAACGCCAACCACUGUUCAGUCUCUCCCAAUAAAGGAAUGAAGUACUAGCAGUAAAAAGAUCACAUUAUAAAACAUAAAGACCUUUAUCUCAACUUUUGAGUGCUUGUAGGGAAAAAAAGAAAAGCCCAACAUGAUUUAAGAAAAAGCAACUCUUUCUCUUUGCACUGAAGUUAUAAAACCCAGAAUGGUAAGCAUAUGUGUUUUAUGUGUGUGAUGCCUUUUUUUCCCCUUGUUUGAGCUACUCUGUUGACCAUGAAGUCAAUAUAGUCCAGCUAACGGUCACACAGUCUCUCUUGAGCACUCAAGCAGUGCUUUGAUACUGCAUAGUUUUGUUCAGGAGGGUUGGCGUGAUGAAGGAGAAUGACAUUCAAAGACCUAUGAUCCCAAACACGUGCAAAGUCGGACUGUUCAAUCAGUGCUGCACUUUUUUUAAACCACUGCCUGUAGUUUAUAUUCAAUAAUAUACAUUUUUUCCCUUGUGUAUAUAUUUCUCUGCAUUAUACAUCAAUAUUUAUACCCCCUGCACAUGUCUAAGAGCCAAAAAUAGAUGCAGGGAGGUUUCUGAGGUUGCAAAGCGUUCUGCACAAGACAACCCUGGCUCAGUUACACAUCGUGUUGGCCCCGCAUCAGAACUGCUUUCAUCCAAUUUCUUGCAUUCCUCAAGUCUCAUAAGCAGGUGUUGAGGAAAAGUAAAUGGUGGCGUAGUGCUACUAGAUAAAUUAAAACAAACACCCACUUUACUUUCUGCCAGAAUUGGUGAAAUCCAUGUACUUAGAACUUUUUUACCAAGUAAAUCUUUUCCACACAUAAGCUAAAUAGUUCCAGUCUCUGAAGCAGCUAGCUUUCACAACAGUUUAAAGCAUGUUUCCUGCCUUGGUGAUUAAUUUAUCGUUACUGUAAUAAGGCUCUUAACUUAAAGGUCAUGCCUUCAGCACAUUUCAAAAUGAGGGUUUAUGCUUCUUUGUUUGGCAACAUGAUAUCCGUUACUGGUCUGAACGAUACAAACAGGCAUUUGUAUGUGGAAAUGUUUAAUUUAGAGAUUUUGAUCUAAAGUAUCUAAAGUCUGUCGUGUUUGUGUUGUUGUGUAUCAGUUACCCUCCGCUGUAGACAUGUUUCUGUGUCUGUGCUGAUGAAGAGAAGUGGGUCACAUGCUUGAAUUAUCCAUUUGCAGGGUUGCAUGCAUCAGUGCCAAGAAAUUGCAUUACGUGGGCGACUUCUGCUGAGGAGACACAGAGACAAUCCUGGAGGAUGGGGGCUAAGCAAGGACGCACGCAGAGGAACGGGCGUAGUGAUGUUGCCACCGCAAAAGAGUCACGUUCCGCUUCCUGUACCAGCCUGAAGGUACCAGACGAACGCCUUUAGGGUGAAAACAUGUGUGUGUGAGAGAGCUGGGGAGUCACAUGCUCUCAGUAUAUAUGAUUACACGCCUCAGUGUGUUUGGAGAACAGAAGCCUGGCUGAAUAACCAAAUUGUACCAGAACUUUUUUUGAAGGAUGACAAUGAUUUCCGUGAAUCACACAGCUUCAGAGGAUCUUCACUCCUCUAUUCAUGGCUUCAUUGUCGAAGCAUUCCCAUGAAUCAAAAGCUUAUAAAACGUAUCCGGGCUCUGGUGCCCUGCUUUUUGGGUCAUAGGGUUUCUUUCCUUGGGUGUUGGUGGUUGGUGGUGAACUGUCCAGAGGGGGCUGCAAGCAUAUAGCCUCUAUCUCUGAAGAGCACAGCUUGGUCAAUCGCACUUUAAUUACCAUCAUGUUUACAGGAUAGAACACUCUACAUGACAAAAACACAUGGCACUAGAACAUGACACAGUUGCACAAUGGGCAUUGUCCUCUUUGACCCCCUCACCCAACCCAACCUGACCAUGUUUUAUCUACUAGUGAGUCUCAUAUUUUGGAUAUUAAGAUACUUUUUAUAAUAAUGAGGCAAUGCUAAAGUGUAAGUACAUAUAUGCAGAAUUCUUGAGUUGUAUGUAACAGAAUCAUAGAAAAUAUUGCAUGUAAAGUCUUACAUGGUGUGGUAUGACAGUUAACAUCGUUAGAAAAGUAUGUUGGGGAGAUUUUUGUAAAAUGAAUGUGAAACUGGCAGCAGAGAAGAAAAAAGAAAGGGUAUAUAUCACUUAACAGAGCACAGUAUUGUUUCUUAAAAGUGGGAACUGGUACAAGUUCUGUGACUUGUUGUUAGCUCAUGUAGAUAGCCAUCUUCUUACUCUAUGUAGAGUUCUUGCAUCAGAUUGCAUCGUUGUAGCUGUGCUUUUUUAAGAUGCCGUUGUUUUUCACUUGUCUUUCAAGUUCUACGUGUGUAGGAACUUUGUGAAAAUGUGAAAUGACAGAUUUAUUAAGAUAUGUUUUUGUGUAUUUUUUUUGUCUACUUCCCGACUUUGAAACCUUUUCCACUCUGUCCCCCAUUGUAGGAAAACAGUGACAGUCUAUUAGAGUACUGUUGAUCUCUUUUUAAUUGUUUUGUUUCACAUUUUUUGGCUCUUUUUUCUAAUUGUUGUGCAUUUUUAAAAUCAAUACAUACAGGGACAGAUACUGACUAGCCGACUAAUUAAAUGGUGGCCAAUAACCAGAAAAGAGUCAAAAUUGAGCUCAAAUUAAAACAGCUAACUAUAGGAACUUCGCCUUGUCAGUAAAUACUAUAUGUCAUCUCUGCUUGUUUUCAUUGGAUGUAGAUCAUUUAAGCAUCAUGGGAAUAGCCAUUAACCAAAGCUAUUAUUUUGGCUGGUGGUGAGCGUUGCUUCAGAAAAGAUACAACAUAUGGUGUGUUACAGAAUAUUUCAACCCCUGAUGAAAGGGUUUUCACAAAGGUUAGUAAAGUGAAAAAGGUCUUUUAUAUUAUGUAAAAGUAGCUGUUGUUUUAAAGAUUCUUCACUUUGACUUUCUUUGAAUGUUACCUCCGUGUCCUCUUGCCAUCACAAUGAAAAUGAUCCCUCUGAGGAAAGUUUGGGAUAAUACAACAGUACAGGAUGUUAAUCUUAUGAAUAGGCUAUCCAAGUCAUUUCCUGUUUUCUGUGGCUGGGGGCAUGUUUUUUUGCCAACAACAUGAAAGUUGGCUUGGCCCCACACGAGAUCAGACACUCUUGUUUCUUCUUUCCACAUAAAAGUGAUGUGAGACAAUGGUGGUUGAGCAGCUUAUCAUGACACUGAUCUCGAUGACAAGGCUGUGCUUUCAGUUUUCUCAGAAUUGUGUAGUUCCUGGACUGGCUGUGAGGGACAUGGCACGGCAGAUCGGGUCCUAAUCGUGUGCUUAGUAUUACUCUCUAAUGUUUGGUAAUUAACAAGAAUAGAACUUUCGUGCUACAAUGUCCCUCUGUCUCGUGUUGAUUUAAGCACUUUCUCAUAAAAACCCUCGACACAAUCUAAUCGCUUUGGCAGGAAUAAACUGUUAUUUGCUUUUGGACACCUGUCACACAAAGAAAUCAAAAAAUAAGCACUGUGUUUAUUUGUGGCUCCGACCCAAGCAUCUUAGGUGAGUGACAUCAAUGAGCUAAUAACAAAAGCAGGUCACAGGUCAGAAAGAGGCUUUGUUCAAAUUCUCAGAGUCUCAGUGCAAAUCGCUUUUUAGUGAUCUUUAAUCACACUGAGGCCAGAGUUUAUUUGGCACCCAAAUAAACAAUCGAAAGUACUGAAUGAAAAUGUCACAAUACAUUUCAUUGUCGCAGAUCCCGAAAAGAACAUGACAUUAUUCUGAUAAAGUAACAGUUAGUAAACCGUUACUUGGAAUGAAUUAAAAAGGCUCCUCUUGUCAGCUAUUCCUGAGAAAGAUCCACUUUAAAUUUAGCAAAUAUGUAAGCUACGAUGCAAUGGGCACUUAUGCACCCCUACACGAUCACAAAUGCCCGCCUUUGACUUGUGUACUGAUAACAACCUGGAUCAUCCUUCUCCUUUGAAUUGAGGAUGGUGUGCCCAUGACUUUGUCAGACUACAGGACAGCUUCAACUUUGCCUUAGUCAAUCUUUUCUUGGCUUGCGGAUGCAGAGACUAACUAUUCACAGAAAAUGGUUUUGGAACAGUUUUUUUGAUCCAUGCAGUGACUUCCACUGUAGUCAUGUCUGAUUUUAUGUUGUGCUGCUCAUGGGCAAUGUCCUUUCCGUACAGCAAUACCUCCAGAUUUUCCUUACCUUUUAAGACAUUAUGAAGGAAUUGAUUAAAACCCCAGAUUUCUUACAAUUAUAUGCAGAGGAACAUUGUCAUUGAAAAUAAAAAAUGAAUGGACCUUUUGCCAAUGAAACCUUUUAUAAAGUGGUGAACCCCUUCCCAUCUUUAACAGACUAAGCCUUCCUGAAAUGCUCCUUUUAAAGUUACAUCUUUGGGCUUUUAAGCCUUUAUUUAACCACCUCCAUCUUAAUGUCACCAAAAAAGGAACCAAUAAUCUGCCCCUCCUCACCUCUGCAUCCCAUUCUCAUCAAUGACCAAGCAGUGGGAACAGUUGACAGUUUUAAAGACCUUGGGGUAACAUUGGACAGUCAACUUACCUUUGACCAGCACACAGUACUUUACAGAAAAGGAGUCACUAAAGACUGUCAGCCAUCCGCAAACUGAAAUGACUCUUUGUUGCCCCCCAUCUCCUCCUGCUGCUGCUGUGUAAAAGUAUGAUCCAGUCCAUACCCCUGUACUGUUCCAUCUACUUUCACAACAUGCUAUCUGUUAAAAACAAGAUCAAACUCACAUGCACAACCAACACAGCGUCAAGAGUAAUCCGUCUCUCCACACCAAUUCUAACAGAUCUCAACAACAGGGAAAUUACACGCAUCGCAACUGUAAUUGAACAGGACAUCACACAUCCAUUAAACACCCACUUUGCCCCACUCGCCUCAGGGCGAACAAACACAGCACUGAGGUGUAGGAGGGCUCGCCUUGGGAAGAGCCUGGUACCUGCUGCCAUAGCUGCCCUAAACAAAAAGCCUUUCUAGAGGGGUCAUGGUGUGUACCCAGUUAAAUAUUUAAUGCUGUUGUAAAAAAUGUGUGUCUCUUAUAUGUUUGACUGUGUGUACUGUUCUGUGUUGAACUGUGGUGGGUUUUGUGAAACGGAGACAGUGCUGUAGAAAGAAUCUCCCCAUGGGCACAAUAAAGUCAAAAGUCAAAGUCGUUUGGAGAGGAUAAGACAAAGAACAGAGCAGGAAACUGGGAUAGAGAGUAAAAAGUGACAUCCAGGAAAAAGGCCACAAAUUAGAAUCAAACUCAGUCAGCGAUUUUUUAAGUUGUUUUAACAUUUCUUUGCGUUAUCAGUUUGAUCUCUGAUCUCAUACCCAACUCAUCCUCUUCUCUGUUAGAGUCUCAUACUAAACCAGAAUGCAAAAUAUUCUGAAUGUAAACAUUAUGUUAUUGCAUGGGGGACAAACAGUGACUUAAAGCAAUUAUAAGGAUUGAAAUAGAAACCCAAAAGAGUCAAAUUCAAUGAUGUUCAUGAUAAUGAUGUAUUCAUUAUGUACAAUUGUUGAUCCAUUUAGGUUUUUUCGCCAUUUAUGUCUGCGGAGCUCCUUGUACUUCCCAUAGAUUCUUGAAUAAUAUUUGUCUUUCAUGCUAUUCAUAUAAUUGAUGAUGUUGUACUUUUGCUGUGAUUUCAAACUGUCUUUGGGAUCUUUUCUAUUUUGUGUCUUUCUCCAUAUCUUUUUGCUGGCCUUGUCCUUUGCAUAUCUAUGUUGUGAUCUCUGGUCCAAAAGUCUUACUUUGCUUUCUUUUAAUAGUCAUAAGUAUGACUUUCUGUUUGUUAUGGAUAAAGUAAAAGAAGGGGUUUCUUUGUUUUGUUGUUGACACUCUGUCUUGUCUAUUGCCUUACGGCAGUCACAAAUAUUUAAAAAAUACAAUAUCAUAUGUUUCAGUCUGUUUACUGAUGGUUUUUGUUUGGUUUCAUUGAAUUUUGGUCUGUUUUGCACCAGCUAAAAACUCCCUACAGAUGCUUUAAGUGUAAUAUCCAUCCAUACGCAGAUGACACCGUUCUUUACUUCAAACUAGUACUAUCUCGUAAGACGUAAGAUGUUACAUUAAUUCACACUGAAUACAUGCCUCAUUAUAAGAUUCACAAAACUGGAAAUAAACUGUUAAGGAAAGGGAAAGUCAAAGAAGUCUCUUAUUCAGUUUUAGAUUAAUGUAAUCAAAACAUAUUUUUAACCCAGUUUAUCGUUCUAUCCUUAAAGCCCUUUGAGUCUCAUGCUUGCCUUCAUUAAAGCUAGCUUGGUGGUACUUGGUUGGACCACCAAACCCCACCAAAUCCCAAUUAUCUUUCUUAAAGCAAAUCCUUGGGUUUCCUCGAGACUCUAAAACCAGUUCCUUUGGUUUUCUGCUCCCAACACAUUGAAUUAUUCACAACACACUCAAGUUUAAAAUGGUGGUCGCAUGGUCACCACACUGAACCACCUUAAAAUAUGAUUUAAAUGAAUGAAUUAAUUAAUUUGUUUGCUUCCGUUUUCGUGGCCUCGAGCCUGUUAACAGAAAAUCUCCUUCCCUCACCUCUUCCAGAUGUUUUUGGUGGCUUUGUCCUUUGCCUAUUUUGCAAAGGCCCUGUCUGGGAGCUACAUGAAGAGCACAAUAACUCAGCUGGAGAGGCGCUUUGACAUCCCCAGUUACCUAAUAGGUGUCAUUGACGGAAGCUUUGAGAUAGGUGAGUAUGCCUGCCAGGCUCUGCUGUUAUUUUGUUGUUCUCUUUGCUUCCUCUGUGUUAUGGGCUCCCCACCUUUCUCUCUUUCGAUCUUUCUGGGCAGAAAUAUGAAUAGGUCACAGAGGUAUUCAAGCUUCUGAUAAAGGAUUCAUCAGGCUUUCAAGAAAAGGACUGCGAGUGUGUGUGUAUGUGUGUGUGGAUGCUAGUGUGAGUGUAGUGAAUCAAGACGUCAAGUAAGGACAUAAUAGACUGACCUGACUUUUUGCUUUGGACAGUGAAGUCUGGAUUUUUCAAGGUUUUGUUAUGCAAUAACUUUUCUAUUCAAUAUGUGUAAAUGUGGAAAUUUGCAUUGCCAAUAUUAUCGAUUGUUUUUAUGAUCACAGAUACUAUUUGUGUAUUCAUGCAUUUGUUCACUCUUGGGUUGUUGCAGUAUCCCCAUAGUGAGAAUACUGUCUUUAAAAAAAAGAUAGGGUAGUACUGUGAGUUUAUUGUUCUGGUCUUAUGUGAUCGCCACAUGACAUUAAAGGGAGGAUAGAUGAAGAAGUGGCAGACUGCUGGCAAACUAGCUGCAGCAGCCCUGUGAAUAAUGAUCAUCCACUUUUAAAACUGGUGUUGAAAUUUAAUAGUGAAUUCAGAAACAACAUACUAACACUUGAAUCACCAAUAACUGAUUGUUUAUACUUCCUAACCGCUCUUUUACCGUUUUCUUUCAGUUUGAUAAUUUGCUAUUUAUUUACAGGAUAAAACUGAAGCAAUGUAAAAGCAAGACAGAAGAAAAAUAAAAAUAAAAGCAUGACAACCAUCAUUUAAUGAAGUAAUAUCUCCCCAAAGAAAUUUCAGUCACAAGGCUGGUGAUUAGGAUAAAUCACAGAUUUUAAAAUUAAUGAUGACAUGAAAGGUAACUGCAUAUAAUUAUUGAGUUUAUAAAGUUAUGUGUCGCUCCAUCGCUGUCAAGCUUUUCUUCAGUUUGACUGAUUGUUUUAUGUUCAAGUUUUCCAUAAGCAUGAGGUAUUUACUUUGAAAUAUAUCUGAACAGGCACUGAUCAGAUUCUGUGCUUUAAGUGAGGGAUAAAGCAAAGUGAGGGUUAGUUAUGUGAGUAAGAAUCCUGCCAUGGUGAGCUGGACAGUCUUGUCUUUAAGAUCCACUUUGUAUUGUAUGUACAGUUGACUGAUUUUCAAGUUGAAUUGAAACACAAUGAAGGCUGACUGACAGUCUAAUACAACUUAAAAUUCUGACGAUUUUUGUUGGUGUGUAGCUUGGUUCCUGAUCUGAUAUGUAAUACUGCUGUAUACAUACCAUAAGGAAUCCACACCCUUUGAUUUGGGAUUUCUCGUAACAGUGAAGAAUCAUCAUUCUCUGACCUGUUUCUAGGCUGGUUUUUAAUAAGCUAAUCUUCUCAGUUGAAGUGCCUCUUGUAGAUCAUGAAUCAUACAUUGGUUGCGGAACAAGUUGAGACCCAGAGAGACAUAAUUCUUGCAAGAAAAAGUUGUUAGAAAUGUCAGCGCAUUCUAUUUCUGUUCUUUUGCAUCCAGGGGUUAAUUUGGUUCCUUGGUAAAAUCAUAGCAGUAAGGAUAGCUCAAGCUUUUUACAAUCAAAUGAUGGAAGACAGCAUGCAGCCUAGAGCUACUCAGGUGGAGGUGAGAUUGUGAUAUCUAUGAGAGCAAAGGACGAAGGUGACAUUGUGUGUCCAGUAAAAGCUGAAUGCUCCUGAGAUCCAUCCAUCCAUCUGUCCAUCCAACCAUCCAUCCAACCAACCAUCCAUCCAUCCUUCCAUCCAUCCAUCCAUCCAUCCAUCCAUCCAUCCAUCCAUCCAUCCAUCUCCUGUAAAAAGUGCCUCUCUCAUGUGGCCUUGGCAACAAGCUUUUUCUAUAGGACCGUUGCCAAGGUAACCUAGAGGCGGAGCGGGGCAGCAUGAAGAGGGAAUGAAAAAAAGGAAAGGAAAGGAAAGGAAAGGGUGAGAACAAAUUGGAGGGUAGAAAAGGGAAGACAAAGAAAAAAAUAUGCUAGGGGACUGUAGAGAAAAAAAACUGGUUGAGUGAAUGAAGAAGAGAGACAGAGAUGCUGGGUUACAGAGAUCACUUCAGACACAGGAGCUCAGCUGAUCAGCCUCAGGCAGUGUUCUUGUACACAUGAUGAAUGAAUAAUUCACAGCAUGCACUUACCACCAAGUGUGAUGCAAAUCCCGAAAUGAUCGGAAAGUAGAGGCAUUAAAGUUUAAAUGUAAACAAUGAUAAACACACCCACUUACUUUCUUACAGUCAUCACACUGUGUAUACAAUUUGUCAUACUGUCUGUGGAAUCCUUAGAAAAACACGUGCUUAUAAUUACUGAAAAUCUCGUUUCAUCUCCUCUCUCUCUGUCUCGUCACGGCACACAUGUACCCACACACACACACACACACACACACACACACACGUCAAUAGCUAGGGAUGGUCAGAGGAUUUGACGUCAUUCCCGUGAAUGAACCUUUACAAUAGAAUAAAGUCAGGCAGUAUGGCAUAAGCUUAUCUUUUCAGGUCAUUUUCCACCUCUUUCAGAUUUAUUUUCCAUGUCAUUAAUCAUAGCCUCACUAAAAGUUGACCAUAGUGAAAUGGUCAUGCUCCAACCCGGCAUGUUCUGAUCUUUAUUCCAUCUAACACCUUUGCUGCUACAUGCUGUGGAUGAGAGAAAGCUCAUGGAGUGUGGGGAUAAUGUUUGAUGUGUGAGAACAUAACCCUAUCUGCCUUUUAGAUUACAUACUGUAUACAUAACAGUCAAGCUUUCUGUUUUCUUGUGACACUUUUAACAUGACAUGAAAAUGUAUUUAUAUGACUGUUACUGAGAUUCAUAUACUGUACAAUUAGGUGACAGUUCGAUGAUCAUUUUCUGAGUUUGUUUUAGCAGUUAGAAAGAAGACACUUUUAUUCAUUUUUAACAUUAUAAUCUAGAUUACACUUAACAACAAUGAAGCAGAUUAGAAAUAAUGGAAUAAAGCAAAAUUCUGCUUUUUUCCUUCAGUCUAUUUGUUCCAACUUCUCUCCACCCUUGCGGUUGUGUUAAGUGGUAUCUUCAAUCCUUGUUAUUUCUGGUUGCCCACAUCCCCUCAGGUAACCUUUUGGUGAUAGCCUUUGUCAGCUACUUCGGGGCAAAGCUCCAUCGGCCGAAGAUCAUAGCAGUGGGGUGUGUUCUGAUGUCCAUCGGCACCUUUAUCAUCGCUCUGCCUCACUUUAUCAUUGGACGGUGAGUAAAAUGCGCCUAAAGCUACCUGACAUCUCAAUCUCAGAUGCUGGUGACUGAAUACAGACAAAAAUAACAACAUGUAAUUCUAGUUGUGUUGACUGUCUGAUUUGUUUAUUUUAUCCAGGUAUGAAUUUGAAACAUCAGUGCGGUGGAUGGUAAACUCAACAGUUAACCCCUCUCCUUGUCACGUGGGCUCACCGGCAGACUUAACCCAAAAAGAUAAACUACCUGAAGUGCCAGCCGCAGGUGAGCAUUUAGACACACGCAUAUGAGUGUUUUCAAGUAAAUUUUUUCUGAUUAUACUUGUUUUUCUCUGAAGGUUGUGAAAGUGAGUCCAACCUGUCCAUGUGGAUUUACGUGCUCCUUGGAAAUGUCCUGCGGGGGAUCGGAGAGACACCUGUGCAGCCACUUGGGAUCUCUUACAUUGAUGAUUUUGCCACUGAGGAGAACGCAGCGCUGUAUGUUGGUAUGAAAAAAACAAACACCUAGGGGAUUGUGAGAUAGACUUUAUCGUAAUAAAAUGAUGAUAUUAAGAUGAUAUUAUACAAAGCUCCUCACAGAAAAAAUACUGUGUGUUGCUCUAUGGGUUGCAUGCACUAGCACAGUGUAUCAAACUAACUGUAGAUUUCCAUCUUUAGACGUAUAUUUGUUUUAAUUUAUUCUUUUACUCACUUUUGAGGCUCUUUAUCCCUCAAGAGUCUGAGCCUGCAGGCAGCUUCGAGGUUCAAAGCUCGUCUUGUUGUUGUUUGUCAGCAUUACUCCUCAUUAUUGAAACUCCGUCACCAAAUAUAAAGAGGGAACGCAGAUUAGAAUAUCAUCAGAGAAAUGAUUUAUAUCAGUAAUUAAAUUCAAAAAGUGAAACUCAUACAUUAUAUAGAUUCAUCACACACAGACUGAUGUAUUUCAAAUGUUAUUUUCUUUUGAAUUUAACGUACAGCUAAUGAAAACCCAACAUUCAGUCUCUGGGAUAAUUAGGACAUUACUUAAGAUCAAUGAAAAAAAAAACGAAUUUUCAACACAGAAAUAUUGGAGUACUGAAAAGUAUGAAAAUCUGUUGAACAUCUAUGGCACUCAGUGCUUGUUUGGGGCUCUGUUUGCAUGAAUUACUGCUGCAAUGCGGCGUGGCAUGGAAGCGAUCAGUCUGUAGCACUGCUGAGGUCUUAUGGAGGCCCAGGUUGCUCUGAUACUGGCCUUCAGCUCUUCGGUGUUGUUUACUCUGGUGUCUCGUAUCUUCCUCUUCAUAAUACUCUAUAGAUUCUCUGUUGGGGUUGCAGACAGGGGAGUUUGCUGGCCAGUCAAUCACAGGGAUGCCACGGUUCUUAAACCAGGUAUUGGUACUUUUGGCAGUGUGGGCAGGUGCCAAUUCCCCUUAAAAAAUGAAAUCAGCAUCUCCAUAAUUCUGGUCAGCAGAGGGAGGCAUGAAGUGCUCUGAAACCUUGGACCUGAUAAAACACAGUGGACCAACACCAGCAGAUGACAUGACCCCCCCAAACCACUACCAGCUGGGGAAACUUCACACUGGACCCCAAGCACCUUAGAUUAUGUGCCUCUCCUCUCUUCCUCUGGACUCUGGGACUGGGAUUUUAAAAAGAAAUGUAAGAUUGACCUUCAUCUGAAAAGAGGACUUUGGACCACUGAGCAGCAGUCCAGUUCUUUUUGUCCUUAGUCCAGUUUAGACAGCUCUGAUGUUGACUCUGGUUUCAAAAGUGGUUCGACUCAAGGAAUGUGACAGUUGAAGUCCAUGUCCUGGAUCCCUGCGUGCCUCUGUCCACUCCUUGUGAAUCUUGAAAUCCAUGAAUGGGCUUGGUUUCACAAUCCUCUCAAGGCAGCAGUUAUCUCUGUUGCUUGUUCACACUUUUCUACCACAUUUUUUUCUUCCAUUCAGCUUUUCAUUAAUGAGCUUGGAUACAGCAGCUCCUUCAGCAAUGACCUUUUGUGUCCAACCCUCCUUUGUGUAUGGUGUCAGUAAUGGUCCUCUGGACAAUUGUCAAGUCUGUAGUCUUCCUCAUGAUUGUGCAGCCAGCUAAUCCAGACUGAAAGGGCUAUUUAAAGGGCCAGGACACCUUUGCAGGUGUUGAUCUGAUUAGAGUCUGACACCAUGAGUCUCCAAUACUGAACUUGUUUUCUAAUUUUCUGGGACUGAAUUUGGGGUUUCCAUUGGCUGUAAGUUACAGUCAUCAAAAUGGAUUUACUCAUUUUUGUGCUUUAGGCUGUCUGGAGUAUGUUUAAUACCAAUUCCCAUACAAUUUAUGUUGCAGCCCAUGCUAAAAGGUUUCCAAUCUCAGCAUAUCUGUGACUUGCAUCAAACAAUAGCCCUCAGAAGAGUCUUAUUUGGGGUAUAAUUCAGGUGUUUUUUCAUAUUCUAGGCUGUGUACAGACCAUUUCAGUGGUGGGACCUGUGUUUGGCUACCUGUUGGGCUCCAUCUGUGCCAAAAUCUAUGUGGACAUUGGAUUUGUAAAAAUGGGUGAGUUCCUGAAUAAGUUCAUUUUAAAGCCAGACUAUAAUUUUUAAUGUAUAUGCAUUAUAAAUCAACAACUACUCACUUAGAGAUCUGUAGAAUGAAUUGAAACGUUUCUGUAGAGCCAUUUGUUUGCUGUCUGUGACUGCUUUCGUCAAAAAUAUAACUUUUGUAGCUGAGUCAUGUUUAUCAGCUUACUUUCUGUCAAACUGUUCUGCCUUACUUUGACAGAUAGAUAUUUCAGAGCCACUCAUAAUGUUAUUCAUAAUAAAACUGUGCUUUUCCAUUUACAACCACAGAUCUGAAUGUUUACUCUGAAAAGGUCUUUUCAUUCAUAAAACUGAGGCAUGGUUUUAUCAGAUGGUUCACAUGCAAUAUGUGUGCAUCUGCAAGACUCGGAACAGGUGUGCAGGAUAAGCAUCAAUUAGCUAAUGAACAAAGCGCACAGAGGGGGGAUGGAGAAAGGAGUCCAGUAUUUGGCUUCAAUCAAAUAGAGUGCAGGAGAGCGAGAGCAAGACCAGAAAACAUAGAAAAGAUAUGAACAAAAAGGAUUUUAAGAUAUAAGCUAACCUUCUUGUAAUAACUGGAGUAGUACUUGCCAAAUGAUCUCAAUAUCUUUUUACCCCAACACAGAAACUAUCACAAUCACUCCAGCAGACGCCCGCUGGGUGGGGGCCUGGUGGCUGGGCUACCUGGUAGCCGGGGUCAUCACACUGCUCUCUGCCAUCCCAUUCUGGUUUCUACCACGCUCCCUGCCCAUGCCAGGACCUCAGGGACCAGAGAAGUGCACACCAGAGCAGACAAGUUUCAUCAAAGACUCCCGUCUUCUGAAGCACAAAUAUCCUGCAGACGACAAUACUAGUUUUAUAGAGAUGGCCAAAGGUAAAGAUAACAAACAAACAAACAACAGAUUAUAAACCAUAUUCUUUAAGUUGAAUCAUUUGUAUUUACACUUAAUGAUCUCGACAUCAUCCUAUUUCCUUUAGGCUGACUUUCCUCUGUAAGUUACAGUGUUAUUUCAUAUUUCCAGUUAUCAGAUGGUUAUAUUUGAACACAGGUUUUUAUCCCUCCACAGACUUUAUCCCCACCCUGAGGAACCUGCUGGGACACCCUGUGUAUCUGAUCUACCUCUGUGUGACAAUCAUCCAGCUGAACUCUCUCAUCGGCAUGGUCACCUACAAGCCCAAGUACAUCGAGCAGCACUUCAGGCAGUCUGCAUCAAAGGCCAACUUUUUAAUGGGUACGGUCCUUUUGAGUUUUUAAACCUUUAGAGGCACGGGAUAAAGGAGCUUUUCUGCCUGAUCCUUAUACCAGAAAAACCCUGCACUUAGCAUUUUCCCUCAGCUUAUUAAAACAAAGCUCUGAUGGAUAUGCGCUAAAUCAGCCCACUGACCACUUAUGAAGCGCCAUGUAAGGUAACACCCACAACACAAGAUAUGAGCAUCUGUGUACAUGUAAGAUGGUCCAUGGAGAUCUGUACACAGAUAAGAUAGACCUCACUUUUAAAGAAUAUGUUAAAUCAGUUAACAAAGCUGUAAACAGGAGUGGAAGAUUCUGUCUUUUCUUGUCUUGAUACUGUUAGUGUCUCAGGAGUCCUUGCAGGUAUUUUCAUCAAGCUUUGAAACUGCCUUUUCAAAGUUUGAUCAAAUCUCAGCCAAUAUUUAUCCUACCUUUUGUUUCUUAUUAUCCUAGGUGUGAUCAACAUCCCAGCAGUAGCACUGGGGAUGUUUUCUGGAGGUCUGCUGAUGAAGAAGCUGAAGUUGAACAUCAUGGGAGCAGCGAAGUUUGCUUUCAGCACGUCUCUGAUCGGUUACAUCCUCUCACUGUUCUUCUUCGUCAUGAGCUGCGAGAACGCCAAGGUAGCCGGCGUGACGCUUUCAUACAACAGGUGGGUGUCUUGAUACCUACAGAGUGUGUUGGUGUAAAUGCACACAUAGUGGUGUCAUAAUGGGGGGAGAGAGCAGGACUGCCUAUCCAGGGCCUCAAUGAAGAAAGGGCCAUGAUAUGAAAUGAUGUGUAACUGUCAGGUAUAAAAUGAGCUGAAUAAAUAAUUGCAGUUUUCCAAGUGGGAGAGAUUACAGUGUUCAUAAAAACUAUGUAGAGUAGUGUGUAUUGGUAGAAUUAGAAGGAAUGACUGUGAAGCUGGCACAAACAAUUAAAUCUUUGCAUUCAGAUAUUAAAAAUGUCCCUUUCCUUUUACCAUUUAUCUCUGCAUAUACCUUUAGAUAUCUGAAGAUUUCUGCUUUGAAAUACCCACACAAUGCCUGUACUCCCACUCCAGCGCCAACUAAGCUGAGAGAAAAAGGUGUUUUCGUAAAAAAGUGAAGAAUUACCUCUCUGAUCUUUUCUCUUUGCCUUUCAGUCUUGACACAAUAUCAUAUGAUCAGCAGUCAGUGUUCACAGCCUGCAACUCUGAGUGUUCAUGUUCAGCCAGUGAGUGGGAUCCAGUCUGUGGAAAGGAUGGCAUUACUUAUGUUUCUGCCUGUCUUGCUGGCUGCACUGGAUCUUCUGGCUCAGGAAAAAACACAGUGAGUAGUCAAAGUUUGGGAGCCGUAAGAGAUAUGUUGAAUAUUGCAGUGAAAAAUGUGACAAGAUUAUUCCAGGGGAUGGUAUUCGCCGGAGAGUACAAACUUUUAGUUUUGAUCUUUUCAGGGUAGUAGGAUGAUUGUUGCUUUAAAGUAUUAUCUUUGUUCCACCCAAAAUGACAUCCUGAAAGGCAUUCUCUAUCAACUUGUGUUAAGAUCGUGUUUAUUGUUCACUUUCGGCACUUUUUGGCAGUGGUUCGGAUCUAAAAAUUCUUCAAACUAUCGUCCAAAAGAUUGUGAAAAUAACUCAACAAGUUAAAGGGAUAUUCUGGCAUAAAAUUAAUUUAGGGUCGAACACACAUUAACACCAAGUUAGACAACCAUCGAGAGUUGAAUGUUGCCGACCGCUUGCUCCUCUAGUUAUACCAACUUUAGUAAUGACCGCAUGAUAGCAAUACUUCCUUGGUCUGAGGAGCAAUAAACAAACUUCAACCAAAACGCCACAAAUAAUGCUCAGAACAGCACCUAACUUCAUCAAUAGUACAUAUAGGGUCCCAGCCAUAGUACUAGCCAUCAAACAUCUUUUUAGCUUUGCCUGAUUUCUUUAGCAAAGAGACUAAACACAACUCACCUAUUCUUUUCCAGCAGCCGCUUGUUUGUAGUGAGACCUCAGGCCAGUCCAUUACGGACUGCUGCGGGGUGACACAGCUCAAGGAAGAACAUUUAUGAUCAUUUCUUUAUGGAAAUGCAAUCAGACUGAGAUGCUAAUGCAGAAGAACUACCGUGCCUGCAGUACAGAAUGAUUAAUAUGAUGAUUAUUACUUCAAGGAAAUGAUAAAAAAAUGAACAUAAAUGUUCUUCCUUGAGCUGUGUCACCCCGCAGCAGUCACUAAUGGACUGGCCUGAGGUCUCACUACAAACAAGCGGCUGCUGGAAGAGAGUAGGUUAGUUGGUAUAAAAUGGUAUAAUUAGAGGAGCAAGUGGUCGGCAACAUUCAUCUCUCGGGGGUAUGUCUAACUUGGUGUUACAGUGUGUUUGACCCUAAAUUAAUUUUACGCUGGAAUUUUCCUUUAAUUUUACAACUUUACUAGAAAGUUGAGGAUUCAUUUGCAUGGUUAUUUAGAGUUACUGUUGAGGGUUUAGGCGCUUUUGGUUGUCAUGUGCCACCAUGUGCUGAGCCUGGAAUCCCAGCAAAAGCAGCUUUGUUCAUAGUGGUGACAUUGGUAACCAAAAAAAAUGGCUACAAAGAAACUAGCAGAAGAAGUUGCUGAACUUUUAUGCCUGAGGAACUAAGAAACUUUGCCAAACAGCAGAUGGGCCUCCUGGAUUUAACUUUCGAGGUGUGACGAUUCAAAGAAGAAGACAAAAAAAUUGAAGAACUGGAAAGAAAAGUAGAAGAUUUGGAUCAAUAUAUAAGGAUGGAUUACCUCGUGAUGUCUAGCUUUAGAUAAAACCCACCGCUCUUAUGCACGAGUCACAGUAGAAGACUAGAAAGGUGAGGACACGCUGAAAACAGGAAGUCACAAAGUUCUUCAACAACAUUCCCAUAGACAAAAAAAUAUUGUUGUUCAUUGUACCUUACCACGAGAGGGAGACAGCUAACAAAACAUGAUCAAUCAAAACAUAAUCAGAAAACUGAGCUGCUAAAAUCUUUAAAAAAUCUGAAGGGUGCAGGGGGUAAAUGAACAUGAGUGAACAAAAUUUAAAAAUGUACAUAUUAUCUUACAUGACUAUAUUAGAUAUAAUAAUAUUUAAUUUCCUUUCGGGAAUCAAUGACGUUCUUAUCUUACUAAGAGAAAUGCUAAAAUUGCAAGACAAGCUAGAAUUCUGCAAAAAGGAAAAGUGAAUGAAGGACAACUGUACAAGGAGCUGUAAAGUAAAAAAACACCAGAACAGGCUACAGUGUUGACCAUCAGAGAUAUAUUCAAUCCAAUCCAACCCAGGUUUAUUCAUAGAGCACAUUUAAAAACAACAAAACGCUGAUCAAAGUGCUGUACAGUAAAAAUUAAAAACAAUAAAAACAGAGAAUUAACACAAACAAUAAAACAAAGACACAGGAACAUAUUAAAAACAGGAGCAUUUCAGCCUUUUCCUUUGUAUAUAUGGUCUUCCAUGGUUUGAACUUCAUCGUAAAAAAUGGACAUCAUCCUUGCCCUUUGUAUUUUUUAAGUUCAAAUCAACUGAGUAGCUUUUGUUCCGUUUACAUCAUUUACCAAAAUAAAUGUUAUUUAUCAAUUUGUUUUAUCUUAAUCUCUCUUUAACUAUUUUAUUUUUUACAAGAUACGUCAGUCUAGAGUGCACUUGGUGAUGAAGAUCUGUAAAUAUGCACGGAACAUUAACAGUCAGCAUAAUCCAAAUCAACAGCCCUUAAACCAACUUGAUAGAAUGAUCACGUGAAAUACCUGCAUAUUUACAUUAAAAAGCUUAGUUCAUGUUUGCAGCAUCAUUAUAAUAUUUUGAUGUAAAAACAUUAAAAGCAGUAUCUGAGGAUGUAAAGUUGGAGGAGGACCGCUGUAUCACUGUGUGAACCUUGACUGUGCGGGGAAAACCCAUUUUCUUGGUGAAUAUCAAACUGACUGAUGCUGUCCGUGUGUCAGGAGACUUAUAUUUUCAAGGAAGUUACAGCACUGUGUGCAAAAACACCCUCAACCAACCAGCUUUUAAUCAGCUUUUAGCUAAGUUAUUUUGGACCCGUAUGAUACCGAUAUGAUCAAUAUGAUUCACACUUUAUUGCCUCUUUGGGGACAUUUGUGCUGCAUAAGCUUGACUGCAUCCGCAAUGUUCACUUUGAAGGCUUAUAUUACUGUUCCCUGGCGACCAGCUUACAAUGAAUUUAUCAACAGUGCAAGUACAUCAUGAACCGAUGUCUGUUUUGAGUUUGUCCCCGUCUUCUCCCCGAUGUUUCUUCUUGACAUGUCAAAUCUAUUUUGCUGCUCCUGCCUUCAUUUACUUCAUCAUCUUCAAAAGUAAAAUGCAUGAGUCACGGCACCUCCUUAGGCACCCUAGCAGGAACUGUUGCUAACUAAGACAGCAUGGGAACAAACAUGCAGGUGAACAUGUGCCAGCCUUGAAUUUUCCUUCGGGGAUCAAUAAAGCUCUGAUCAUAAAGUUCUUCUUAUUCAAACUAAAUGAAUCAUUAGGGCCUUAGAAGUCUUAGUCCUCCUCUCCAUUAUCUGAGUUUGAAUGAAAUCCAGUCCAAGUGGAUCCUGAAAAUCAGACCUAGUAUGCGUAUUCAGGACUGUGUACAUAUUGUCAUAUUUAUACGUGUCUAUGUCUUUACAUAUAUAUAAAUGGUUGUGUGUAUGUCUGUGACUGUGCAUGUCUCUCCAGGUGUUCUCUAACUGUAGCUGUGUCGGUGUGGCCGGUAACUUUACAGCCAGUACAGGUCAGUGCCUUCACACGGAUGACUGUGACAGGAUGUUCCCCUACUUCCUGGCCCUCUCUGUCAUCACUUCCUUUAUCAUCUCCCUUGGUGGCACACCAGGCUACAUGCUUCUCAUCAGGUCAGAUUUCAGCCGAAAGAAGUGUGAUGAAAAUGGACUGUGAAGUAACCCAACGUAGAGUGUGGAAUUGACCAAUUUUGGAGGUUGUUGGUGAUCUGUUUGGAUAAGAGCUUUCAUUCAUUUUUUUUCUUUAAUUCUGAUGUUUUCAAUGGAAAAAAAAAAUCCCUCACAUCUGACUGAUCUCCUUAGUACCAGGAAGUUUUUAUUUGGCUUCCUCCAGGAAGCACCCAGAAACAAUAAUUUGGACAUAAAUAGCUGUUUUAUCAUGGCUGCCUUACAUUACCAGCAGUGGCUACAUGGCUGUGUGUCUUUGUCUCUGUGUUUCAUGUACAAACAGUGGCUUUGUUAGUUUAAAUGGUUUAAAAAUAAUCUAUUUCCAAUCAUAUGAUUUCUUGAAAUUUGAGUCUCUCAAUGUUAUGGUGCUGAGUAGGAAGACACAGUCAAUUAUAUUCACUCAUAUCCAUGAAGGCCAGUCUCUGAUCUAAUGCUCCAAAAUGAGGUCAGAGUGAAGUUGUUGAGUCACUAAUGAGGAAAGGAGAUUUUUUCUUUUUCACACUCUAGUCUUUUACUGAAAGCAUGUUUUGUUGAAGUAAUUUCAAAUAUGACACUCGGAAAAAGGGAGCUGAAAAUAUCAGCCAUUAGUAGGAAUCGAACAAACAAACACAAACACUCAAAAAAGUCAGAAUUGAGACAUUUAUUUGUAGAUGUGAUCACUUUCAACUUCUUAAAUCUUAAAGCAUUACUGACCACGUUAUUUGUGAUUUUAUGUUAGUUAUUGUCAGGGUUUAGACCAAGAACACAGAUUUUACCCUUCUGUGACUUAAAAUAAUCGCUGGUUUUCUGAAUGUAGAAGAGUCGUGACUACCAGAGCUGACUCACUUACUCAUUUUCUCAAGGUCUGUGUGAGACGAUUGGCUGAUUACUUGUAAGUGCUUUCAUAUAAGAGUCAUGUAAAGAGAGCUGCAACCUUCGAAUGACAGGGGCGUAGUUCUUUGUGUGGGGUAAAUGUAUUAUUUGUAGAGUGAGGGUUACUAUACGAGUUAGCUAGCAGGAGGAUGGCUGUUUUGUGUUGUUGUGAGCUUUUAUAGUGUAAUAAUGCAUGUGACUCAUAGCUCCGAGCAGCUCUCUCUGGCAUAUUAGCUCAAUUAGCUCAAGUGUAACGCCAGUGGCUGAAGCUGUGAAUGCAUUUCAAGGCCUUCCGGUUGCAGAGUUUUCCUAUAGAUGAUCAGUGACAAAAUGCUCAGCAACAGAGGUUAGGGGGCGUCUCUGCAGAGCAUGCACACAUCUUUGUCUGCAAGCUGCUGCACAUGCUUGCUUUCAUGAGAUGUUUGUGGCUGGAUUUGUGUAAUACUAGACUGACUCACAAGCAUUUAAGGGUUUUACCACUAGAGUACACCCAGUAUACAUGCCUGUAACCCCUGGAACGAAUAGACCCCUUAGCAACACAGCAUCCUCUGCUGGCUAAGAAGACUCCAGUAUCUACAAGAUCCUUUUUAAUCUCCCAUCAACUACCUCUUUAUAUAUAUUUUUUGUUUAUAUAGGAAUAAUUCUAUAUAGAAAUAUACUUUGUUUUUUUUUCAUUAAAGGGAAUGUUUAGGAAUUUCACCUACACAUGACACAUACACACACUCGUGAGACCUCCUAAAGCCAUAUCAGCUGAUCCGCUUGGAAUUCCUCAGCUCCACUUAAAUGAACUUGGUUUACACUCUGAGCCCCUGUGUCCUAUUAUAACCCCUUCAUGUAAUUCCAGCGACAAUGUCUCCAUUCAUGUGUUAUUGUCCAGAGGAAAUGCUUUCUAUAAGAUCAGAGGGAGGUUGUUACAGGGAAGAGUGUUGGGUUUGUUUGUAUCCCAUGAAACAAAAUGAAAGUGCUAUUUUUUAUGUAUACAUGCACUCCUGCUACUGCUGCAUCAGUUUGGUAUGGGAUUUCCACAAGUAGUCAAAAUGGGUGUGUUCAUCCACGUUGUUUUGAUAUUUUCUCAAUGUGCUCAUUUUUUUCUUGCAGGUGCAUUAAGCCACAGCUGAAAUCUUUGGCGUUGGGUUUCCAUGCUCUCGCCACACGUACCCUUGGUAAGUAUUCCUCAAACGCACAAUUUCAGGGCUUCAGUCCAACUGCUCUAAAUUUGCAUAUGAAUAUACGUCAUACCUGCCAACACCUCUGUUUUUCCCGGGACUCUCCUGUAUUGUCCUUUCUCCCGGAAAUCUCCCGUAGUUUGAUGGUCCACGUUCAUUCAUGAAUCGGAUCACUAUAUUUGUACAAAGUUUCCAGGUUUCCAGACAACUGAAGAUUGUCUUGUGUUUCUGCUGAGCCUCACAGACACCAAAUUGACACUUUUACUGUACAAUUUGGGACAAUACAGGUCGGUUUAAGCUGUGAACUAUAUUUAAGCAGUGUUUGUUGCAAAAUGAACUCUUAAAACAACUCUUAAACAAACGCGAGAUGUAGUAUAUAUGUUGAUAGUCUUGCACCGUCUCAUAGUGAUGCGUUCAGGGCAGCCUCAGAUAAAAGAGUGCUGUAUUGCAGGCACAGAUGUUCAGAGAGCCUCAUAUGGGAGAACAAGUAAAACAUAUGAGGACUGUAACACUGAUAUUAGUGGACUAAAGAAGUUCAGGGCAUAUUGUAGCUAUUAUAAUUUUUAUGAACAUUUAUUAUUGUUAAAACAAAACAAAACAAAAAAUUGUGCAGCUUCUGCUUAGACUUAUUUGGAUUAGCAACUUAAUUACAAAUACUCUCAUAAAUAGCUCUUAUCUACCAUACAAGGUAACCCCAAAACCGCCCGGCGCAUGCUGCAAAAAUCUCCUGGAUUUCAUAACCCAAAUGUUGGCAGGUAUGACAUACGUACAUUUUUUUGGUCUUACAGCCGGGAUCCCAGCGCCCAUCUACUUUGGAGCCAUCAUUGACACCACAUGCCUGAAAUGGGGUCAGAAGAGGUGUGGGGGCAUAGGAGCCUGUAGAAUCUACAACACCACUGCGUACAGGUACAACUCAUCCAGAAGAAGAAGAAGAAGACCUUUAUUGCCAUCACAUGUAAACAUGUUAGGAAUUUGUUUUGGUAUUAUUAGAGUGCAGUUUCAGACAACCUCACAAGUGUAAGACAAAAACAAGACACAAAGUGAAGAAGUGAAGAAUUCAAAGUGAUACAAGUAGAAACAAUUGACUUCACCUCUGUCUGUGCCUUUCAAAAUUUAUUGUUAGCGUGACAAGAAUACUGGGGACUAGAAAAGCGCCAUCAUAAACUAAGUCUUACUUUUGUGUUGAAAAAAAAAUUGAAAAACACAACGUGGAAAUAACCCACAUGCACAUAAAUGCUGUUGUAUAAAUGCCAGGUCAGAACUCUUCUUAGACCUUUUAGCUGUUCGCAUUUAUUCCUGAAACUUUGAGUCCUUUCAGAAUAAAAGCAUGGUUGUUUAACAAGGAAAUUACGUGAACUAAUGCAUACAACGGGAAAAAUAAAAGCAACAGAAACACAAGUUUAUGAGCCAAAGCCUUUACCAAAACUGGGUCACAAAAAUUCAGAGAAAAUCUCAUCAUGAAUCAAACAUUUUGAUAAAUCUCAUAUCACGAGCAGAUGUUUGUUGCAUCCCUACUUUUCACAUGAACUGCUGAUUUCUCUAAAUGUCAGAACGUUCAGUCCCUGGCUUCUUGGAAACAGGUCGUUCACAUGAGCGUUUGGGACAUUUUCAAUGUUGGAGGAACUUCCACAUUUGGAAGUUCUGGACCAUGUCAGGACAUUUACAGGAGUGCAGUGCAUUUCUUAAAAGAGCCAAAGAUACAGCUUUAUAAAAGGGACAGAUGCACACCAGCAACAUGAAACAACAUUAUCAUUGUAGGAGCUAGAAGGCAUUUCCUCCUUCCCCACUACUUGGUUGAAAAGUCGCCUUUGUGGUGACUCGCACAAAAGCUGCAUUCAAAGGAUCAACUGUCACAAAAACCCCAGUGUAAUACAGUUUUUAUAACCUAUAUGACCCACCUUUUUAUUUCCAGUCAUGAUGAUUAAGCAAAGAGAUCAGUUCAUUGCCUGAAAUGGGUUUUUGUCUUCUUUUUAGGAUAGCAUACCUGAGUCUGACUCUGAGCCUGCGAACCAUCUCCUUCAUCAUCUGCAUCCCCGGUUUCAUUCUGCUCAGUCGACAGCUGAAGACGGAGGAGAUAAACGGCAUCCACGGAGCUUUGGCCAGCGGCGGGGCGGAGCUGGAGGCGCUCAGGAAGGAGGAAUUUGUGAUUUGUAAUUCUGACCAAUCACAACAAACCUCAGACAUCAGCACAGACAGGGAGACACGGCUGUGACGAAACCCAGCGGAACUUGUUCUCGUUGUCUCCUGCGCACACAGCCUCACACAUACACACACACAAACUGCUGAUAAAUGCAUACAACACACACGUGCAUACACAGCAAAUAAACACACACUCACACAAAUGAGAUUUGCAGGGAAUCAUAUGUUGUAUUUGAUUAUCUCAUAUAGAGCAUAAAUUCUAUAUUUGUACUCCUGGACCUUUUAAAGCUUUGUGAAUUUGACAAAUUUGAUACAACUGAAAUAUUUCUUGAAUGUAAAUGCUGUUUUUCUUCUUGUAAAGAAAUAUAACAAUAUUUUUUUUUCCUUGGUGGCACAAGACGUCUGGGGAGGGGAGGUUGUGAACUUACAAAAAGUUUUAGAAAAACAGCUUCAACUGCCUCUUUGAAAAAAAAAAGAUCCUAUAAGGAAUUUUCAGGUGGUUAUAAAACAGACUGAAAUGAAUUCUGCUGUCUCUUUUACAAAAGCAAACAAGCCCAUAAGCGAGACUUUGAUGUAUUUACAGUCAUUUUUUUUAUUAUGGUAAACAGUUGCGGUGGGGUAGCUUUCAAUAGAAGUGGUUUAGAGCAGUGGUUCUCAACUGGUCUCACUCUGGGACCCACAUUUUCCCAUGGUCCUUAAGUUUUGACCCACUUUUAUAUAAUUCAAAGUAAGCAAAUUUAUUUCUUAAAAAAUAUAUAAUUUUGAAGACUCAAAUAUUUAACAUAAAUACACCCAUUUUAUUGAGUAAAGUGCAUUUCAGAGCACAUGAACAGAGGACGACAACUACCAAAGUUGCAUUUACAGAAAAUAUCAAAUAUCAAAUUGCACAAAAUGGAGACCAGCAAAAUGAAAAAUUUGACUUGUAAUGCAUCUCUGCAUUCAGAGCAUAUUCAGAAGAACCUGAGGAGGACCAUAUAACAGCAUGGACAAAAGUGAAUAAAUAUCACAUUGCACAAAAUAAAGACCAAAAAAAAAAGAAAAGUAUUUUUACAGCAUUCAGGCCACACUUAUAAGAAACCUUGGAGGACCAUGACGUAACCCAUGCCUUUCAAAAUAAGCUAUUUUUCAAAAUAAAAGACAUGUCAAACAUCAGAUGCACAUUAAAUUUUUACUUUUUGACCGGCUGUUCGCAACCCAUCCAGAACAUGUCCGCGACCCACUUUUGGGUUGGGACCCACCAGUUGAGAACCAUUGGUUUAAAGGACAUUACCAAAAAACGUUUUUUGGCAUCUUCUGUGGCAAAGGUUACCAAUUGGUUUUAAAUUUUACCGUUUACAGAGAGCAGGUAGAGGUUUUUUUUUACAAAAUUUUUCCACAUGUAUGGGGGAAGGUUAAAAAAACUGGCUCACAGGAAACGUCACAUUUCACAAAAACUCAAAGCCCCUCGCAGGAGCUUUGAGUUUAUUGGUUUCCUUUAAAGAUCUCAGAGGAGAUUUGAUCUCUUAAACAGAGGCAGCACUUCGUUUUGAAGAGAAACAAACAGACAUGUUUCUUUUUUUUUUUUCCUGGGGGAGUUUUUGAAAGUGAAAAUAUGUGGAAGUAUGACGGAGCAUAAACUUUUGGUAGAUUUUAGAGGGCUUUGCAGUUUUUGAUUUGACUUCUGUGCCUCAUACACUCAACAGUUACCUCUAAAUCAUGUGUGUCAUUCAUGUUGCUGAGACAAGACAGCAAUUCUCAAGCAUAUUUUACAUGUAUCUGAAAACUAGUUCAUUUUACUCUCUAUUCCAAAAGGAAUGUAAGCCUGUACAGACAUUUAGAUGCAUUCAGAUUCAGAUUUCUGAUUUUCUUUUCAUCUUUUCUCAAGCCCUAAGUCAUGUUUGACUGUGUCGCAACUUAUGAUGAGUGCUUUUUGGAUGUGAACCUGUUCGCUAAGUGUUCAUUUUGACUGUGGGUGGACUUUUGUCUGGUGUACACUGCUAGGACUUUCACACCAUUUGCUGUCCACCAGGUGGCAGAGGAAGCAUAUUCAUAUGGUUUCAAACCCCUAUCAUUGACUUAUAUUUAAGUUUGGUAGUAAGAAGACGAAAUAUCAUGAAUUGUCAGAAUAUAUUUGUGAAGACACUGUUGAGACAGACACGACAGAACUCGCUGUAAUUUAGUCACUGCACCUCGUCAGGUUCUGAUAUUAGAUGGCCAGUUAGAAAAGGUAAGUGCUUGCUCUUGUCUUUGGCGGUUGCCGUGUGGUGUGGCUUGAAGUGCAAAGUUUUCGAGGAAUUAAUAGUCUAUGUUGUCCUAGUCUAAAAGCUUUGUUGCACUAGUCAGUCUGUUUUUAGGGGUUUUUACUGUUUCUGAACUCCUGUGCCAAAACCCAUGAACAGAAACAUCUCAAUCUAUUCUCAGGUUUAACAAUCACUUUCUGCAAUGAAUAUUUCCAUCACUAAAUUACACCCAUCAAUUUGACAUCUGUCAAAUUAACUUGUCAGAGUGAAAUCGACUAGAUGCUGUAUUUCAAGGCUAUUAUUUUCAAAAAUUAUCCUAUUGUCUUUGUACAUGCAUAUAUUGUUUUCUAUGAGUUUAUUUCCAUGUGGAUAUGUGCCAUUUGGAAAAUGGUAAGUUUGCAGUGACUGUGUCCUCUGUUGAGCUCAGGUUCAGUUUCAGGCAAACAGCGCCACACGUCAACUCAGAGAGGCGCAGCAAGAGAUGCAUCGGAUAGCAGUCAUUAUCACAGAAAGGCAUUUACUUGCAUUAAAGAAAUCAGAAUGUAAAUACAUUUCUUGGAUUAUUUUUGUAAAACUUCAAAGAAUAUCUUAAAUGUAACACUAAAAUAAAACAUUUAAUGUCCAAUCAAA